GGGUCCGUUAGUGAAACGACUGGUGCUUUAUCAACCUUGAUACUAACAAAUAUGGCUUAUGUUGCUACUACUCUUGUGUUAGGUUUCAGCGCACAGCCUGAAAUGAAUCUAUACGAUGCACUCAUUGUCAUGUACUUGCUAACAUUCUCAUGGUUGGCCAUAACCUUUUCACUUCCCCAGUAUAAUCGGUUCAAGCGGGGGAGUGCCGCAGUUAAAAUUCUUUCCGUUAUUCAAAGCUAUAUGGUCUUUGCCUGCGGGUUUUCCAUUCUUGCUACCAUUGACAACUUUGGUAUGCAGCCUCAAUGCAACCGCGUCCUAGUGGUAGCAAUUUUUGGCCGGUUCUCUCUAUUUGACAAAGGGAGAACAGUUUUCUUGGUUGCAUUGAGCGUGGCCACAAUACUCUACACAGGAUUCACCAUCAAUGACUAUUGCGCGUUAAUUUUUGGCCGAUGUCAAUGUAGCCGUCGGCACGGUCGUACACAGCGCAACAGCUCAAAUGGGCUGGCACCCAGUUUCUUUGAUCGUUUUCACAUCCCCCAAAACAAUGCCAAACCAAAUAUCCCUGCUUUUCCCGUCAUCCAUCACGCAAAUGUGGAUGGGCGCGUUGUCCUCACUGUUAUAGUAAUCUUCAUUAUAUCCGCGCUGUGUAUCCUUAAUACGGAGCUGUUGAGGCACUAUAAUCAUAUUGGGCCGGAGGAUGAGUCCUGGGCUUUUGGUCAGAUUUUACCAAUGUUUUUAACGCUUUUGCCACUAGUCAAUACUGUGAGGGCGUUUAAGGAGUAUGGUUUUGGAACCAAGCACAAUCACAAGGAACGAAUAGUUGGUCCUAGCACCCCCCAUGUUCUUCGCACCACUUCAGGUAGAUCCUCAGACCUGCAUACCCAACCGGAUGAUGAGAUGGUGGAUUCAGGCGGUGAUGAUGAGGUGAACUAGAGAGAAAUUCAUCAUUCUGCCUACUACGAUACCCGUUUUACUGAAGAUAUUAAUACUUUUGGUCGAUAAUAAAUACUAUCACGCUGACCCGUGUAUGACCAUUGACUUAAUUACAACAUAAUUAACUUUUAGAUGAAU